AUGGAGAACAUGAAGUCGGUGGAGCUGUCCUGGAGGCAGCUGGCGGAGCACAACAAGGAGGGCGACGCCUGGUUGGCCAUCCGCGGCCAGGUGUACGACGUCACGUCGUGGGUGAACGCUCAUCCGGGUGGCAAGGACACCAUCCUCCUCAAUGCCGGGCGCGAUGCGACGCAGCUGUUCGAGGCGUACCACCCCGUGUGGGUGUCGAAGACGCUGGAGCGCUACCGGGUGGGCAGCCUGAUCGACUCCGAGCACCCCACCUUCCCGCCCAUGUCCGAGUUCUACCUCACGCUCAAGCAGCGCGUCGAGCGCUACUUCAAGGACGCCGGCGUUAAGCACACCCAGGGAACCAGAUUGCUUCUCACCUCGGUCGUGCUCAUUUUCGUUUGUCUCGCCUCUUGGCUCGGUGCUGUCUACGCUGCCCAGGCCUCGCUGCUUCUGGGCGUCGCUUUCGCUGUGGGUUCUGGUGUGGGCAUGGCGCUCUUGUCGCUCAUCCCGGUCCACGAGGGAUCGCACGCUGCUCUGACCUCGAGCCCAUGGACCUGGCGGUUUAUGGGCGCCAUCCACGACUUCAUCAACGGCUGCUCGUUCUACAUGUGGUGCCACCAGCAUUUUCUGGGCCACCACCCGUUCACCAACGUGGCCGAAGCCGAUCCCGACGUGCACACCAAUGACCCUGUGGACUUCCGGCGUAUCAAGGCCGAGCAGCCGUGGUACAGCCACUACCGGCUCCAACACCUCUAUGCGCCCGUUCUCUAUGGUCUGCUCGCUACCAAGUUCCGCAUCAACGACAUUCAGAUCAUGUUCUUCCUCGGUGAGAAUGGCAAGAUCAGGGUGAACCCUACCGGUCCCUGGCAUUGGUCUAUGUUUAUCCUGGGCAAGCUGUUCUGGGUGACCUAUCGCAUUGUCAUCCCGUCCUUCUACCUGCCCCUGGGCCACGUCUUCGCCCUCGUGAUGGCAUCGGAUUUGGUGGCGAGCUACUACCUGGCUCUCAUGUUCCAAGUCAACCACGUCGUCGCCCCCGCCAUCUGGCCCAAGGUCAACAAGAAGACCGGCAUGAUCGACAUGGAUUGGGCGAAGCUGCAGGUGAUGACCACGAUCGAUUACGCCCACGGCUCGUGGCUCACCACUUUCCUCAGCGGCGCGCUCAACCACCAGGUCGUGCACCACCUCUUCCCCAACAUUUCGCAGCGCUUACCAAGAGGAUCACAGACGCACUAUCCCGAGAUCGCGCCGAUCGUGCGGAAGACGUGCGAGGAGUACGAGGUGCCCUACGUGGUCCUGCCCUCGUUCUGGGUGGCCCUCAAGGCCCACCUCCACUACCUCAUGGUUAUGGGUGGCGCUCCCGACCUCCACUGA